CUCUAAAAUAACAAACACGUAAAAUCAACGUAUUUAAUGACAAUACAAUUAUAUGUACUCUACUAUAUAAAUGUUGCAAUGAAUGGCACAUAGUUAGAGACUUAAGCUACCCUGUGAUGUUGUUUUAAUUCAGCAGGGAUGCGAAUCUAUAAAGCAAGGGACGUGUAUUGGUAAACGGAUUUAGGUAACUUAAGUAAUAUGAGUUUUCUCCAGUCGUAGAGGCAUCUGCUACCCCCAAACCAACCCCCCCGAGCAUCCUCUUCAUCCUCUUCAUCCUCUUCGUCACUGGUACUGCUCAGCAUCCCGGAAGUUCAGCAUCAUUUGCUCCUUCAGGAAGAGACGCAUCAUCGUCAGAGCUUUGACAACAACGGGGACAGUGGCGAAAACAUCGGCCUGUCCGGCGGACAUUGCGUCUUUCACGCAAGUGGAGUUCAUAUGAAAAGGACAAAUGAAGUGACCAACAGGAUACAAUGUCAUCGUUCCAGGUGGUGGACUCGUCACCAGGCAGCAGUGUCAGCGUCAUGGAAACGUCCAACUUUGCCCACGUAAUCUUCCAGAAUGUGGGGAAGAGUUUCCUGCCCCAGGCACCCCUGGAGUGUCACUACACCCUGACCCCUUACAUCUCUCCCCACCCCAAAGACUGGGUGGGCAUCUUCAAGGUGGGUUGGAGCACAGCCAGAGAUUACUACACAUUCCUUUGGUCUCCUAUGCCUGAAAACUACGAACCAGGAAGUAACAUACACAGGACUGUGGUGUUUCAAGGUUAUUAUGUUCCUAAAUCCGAUGGAGAGUUCUACCAGUUUUGUUACGUCACACAUGCUGGUGAUAUCAGGGGAGCCAGCACGCCCUUCCAGUUCAGGUCAGCCACGCCCACCGAAGAGCUGCUGACUGUUACAGAGGAUGACAGCAACUCAGACAUACUGGUCGUCACCACCAAGACUGGCUUGCUAGAGCAUGUGGAGGAGGCACAGCAGGAGCGCAGGGAGCUGAUGAAGGCCAUGCGUAUCCUCCAGGAGGAGAAACAGCAGCUGCAGGAGGAGCAGAAACGACUGGCCAGGGAAAGGGAGCAGGAGAGGGAGACGUGCUCGCUGCUGCGGACACACAACCAGGAGCUGCUGCGCUCGUCGCAGGGCCUGUCAGAGGAGAGGGAGGAGGUGAGGAGGAGGCUGACAGAGGCCACGGACCGGGUCCGCCAGCUGGAGGAGGACCUGCUGGGAGUCACCCAGAGAGGCCUGCAAAAGGAGACGGAGCUUGACUGUCUGCGUGACCGUCUGAAGAAGCUGACAGCAGAGAGAGACAGCCUGGAGAGCCAGCUGAAGAACGAGAAGGACGAGAGAGACCUCUACAAGGUGGCCCACCUGCGCAGCACCGAGCUGGAGAACACUAAGCUGAGUGCAGAGCUGCAGAUGCUGAAGGCAGUGGAGCUGAACCGGGAGGUGACCAUUGCCCAGUUCCAGGAGGAGCUGGAGAGGCUCAGGGCCUGCGUUGCCCAGCGGGACAGCCUGGAGAAAGAGCUGCUGGCACACAAGGCUGACAAGGCAGAGCUGGCCCGUGUGCGUGAGCAUCUCCGUCAGGCAGAGGAGCAGCUCCAGGCGUCCCGGCAGCAGGCCUCCCUCCUGGCCUCGGAGCUCCGCGACUCAGCCAGUGCACGUGACCACACGAUGACUGAGCUGUACCGUGCCCGCUUGGAAGCCGACAAGCUCCGUGCCAGUCUAGCUGAUGCUCAGGCCGAGUGCCAACGUAUGGAGAGCCAGUUAGACCGCAUGAGGAGCACUGCACAGAAGGAAGUGGGUGUUGGGACCAGUGGGGAGAUGACACCCAGCAUCUUGGUGGUGUCAGAGGCAGAGGCCGAGCUGCAAAGAGAGGUGGAGGAGCUGAAGCUGCGUCUUCAUAUGGCUGCUGAACACUACAAGGAGAAGUACCGGGAGUGUCAGCGCCUCCGCAGGCAGGUGGCCAAACUAAACACUACUGAGUCACAGGGGGAGCCAAAGAGAAAUGCAUCCACUGAGACAACACAGGAGCCACUGACCCCUAGUCCAGAGUCACCAACAGGAGGGAAUAUAGCUUCUGCAGUCCUACAAGAAGUCGCUGAGAUGACAAUCACUCCAGAACUUAGUAACAGUGAAACCACACAUGCUGGCGCAUACAUCAGCACAGAGAAGGAAGAAAUGCAGAGAGAUAAGAUUCCAAAUGACAGGGCCGAGGUGGAGGCUGAGGGAGAAUUAAACCAAGGAGAGGUCAGACAGAAAGAAGACAAAGAGAAAGAGGAGAAAAAGUACAGCCUGCCGGAGGAGAGCCUGAGGAUGGCGAGCUGGGUGGAGGUGGAGAACGAGAGGCAGAGUGCCGAAGAGAACAGCGAGGCGGAAAUGUCAGGGAAGGCAGAGAAAGUGAGAGAUGUCGCAGAGGAGCAGGUGCCGCUGGAGGUGGAAGGGACGAGCAUGGGAGAGGCAGAGAAGGAACAGACUCGCUCGGUGGAGGAGGAGUUGGCGAUGAUGGAAGAGAAGUGGAGGGAGCAGUGUGCGAUCAAUGAGACACUCAAACAGCGGCUCGCCAACGAGGAAGAACGAUUCAGAGUGCAGAUGGCAGAGCGAGCCAGCGAGGUGACGGAGCUGAAACGCAACCUGGCCCAGGCCCUCAGAGACAAGGAGCAACUACAGGAGGAGCUGCAGCGCUUCGUGUCCAGACAGAGGGAGCAGGAAGCUGGCGUUCAGGGUGCUGAGAUGAGGCAGCCGAUGGUGCUUCGCUACCCCCUGCCAUACCCUCAGGACCCCUCUCCUCCACCACUGGUGCCACAGAGGCCUGCUGAGUUGCAGUACGGCAAUCCCUACUCCACUGACACCACACGAGACCGUGUGGACGUUGCUCUGUCUCCUGAGCACAUGUCCCGUCCUCCACCUGAGGCCCCACCCUGCGCCCCUCCCUGUGCACCCCCAAUCACACCCCCGAGCCCAGGCCCUGGGGCACCAGGCUGGGACCGAGAGGUGGUCUGCAUCCAGCCCUCCCGCACCACGAGUCCCCCUGAGAGCCUGGAGCAUCCACAGGAGGAGCCACAAAAUGCUGCCGAUGGGGCUCAGCCGUCCUGUGAUCAUCAGUCCAGUAGACGUAGUGAAGCCAGGAGCAGCUUCUGCUUUGACUCCAGGAGCAACGUUCACAGGCGCUGCCCGUUAUGCGAGGUCAUCUUCCCACCCCAUUUUGAGCAGCGCAGCUUCGAGCAGCACGUGGAGAGCCACUGGAAGGUCUGCCCAGUCUGCUCCGAGCAGUUCCCCCUCAACUGUCAGCAGCAGCUCUUCGAGAGGCAUGUCCUCACGCACUUUGACGGCCACGUGCUUAACUUCGAGCAGAUCGAAUGAAGGACGUAGAGGGCAGACAUAGUAUUCUGACAUACCGUAUGGGUAAAUGUAUGUUGUCAGCUAUUAGUUCAUUUUGAUUGGGGUUCGGUUAAGUUGUCUUGUUAAUAUACAAUCAGUAGCACUUUUUUGCAAUCUUGACAAAGGUUAGAAAGAAUGUAGUCGACUCCUGAAAGGAAGCAGUUUGUCUUUUGGCGGCUACUCCACCAAGAUGUUUAUUAAGUAGGGUAGCUUUCACCUUAAUACACAAGUGGGUAAAAGGAUCUUUAACACUCGGGAAUAGUGCCAUGGUCCUUUACUUUUUUGUAUAAUUUUUAUGCUCAUCUUUCUGCUUCAAGGGGCAAAGGCACCGUUGGUAGUGCAUGUAUUUAUUCUGUGUUCAAAACAAUUCAAACUACUGCAGUUCAAGCUAAAAGAGUGAAUUAUAGCAGGAGCUUGAGCCAGGGCUUUGAAGAUAAAAACAUUUUAGUACGUUAAUGUCCCCGUUCUUUAACUACCUUGAAGAUUUCUUUAACUAUAAGUCGGAUUCUCUUGUGAUAAAGCAGCCAAGACAUCUUCAUCUUUUAAUUCUCCACGAUUCAAAAGCUCGGAAAGACAGAAGAAUUAUGAAAAAGAUUUUUUUUUAAGUGUAAAUGCAGAGGGAGAUCUGAAUAUGCGAUGUCUUAAAAGAGUCAAUUAAUUUGGUGUGAUUUUUUUUUUUUUACUUGAAUGGGAAGUGAUUUCUCCCAAACUACAGUACUGCUGUAAGUGUUUUGCAAAGACGUCAGAUGGUUUAAACAAAAACAGCACUACGUUUUCAUGUAUCUGCACUAAAUAAGGCUUUAUUCUGAAUGUACUGUACAUAUGAAAAUGAGUAUAAGUUGUGGAGAGACCUGUGAGUUACUGUCGUGACCCUGCAUUGUUACUUCCCUCAUGUUUUAGUGAUGAACGAGUGACUGAUUGAUGAUGUUUUACUUCGGUAAGAAGCUGGGCAAAUAGACUGCAGGACACUGUUACGGUCAUGUUUAUGGUUAAGUACUUCCACAUUUUAAAAUUAGAGUUGUGAAAAAAAAAUAAUAAUAAUCAGUGUGCAGGUCCACAUUAUGAGUGUCAUUUAUGUGUGUCCACAGGGCUCCAUGCCAUUGCUUGUCUAUUUUCUGUCAUUACAAAGUGACCCAUCAGUGUUGUAUUCAGGCUUUAAAAAUUGCACAUGCCCAGUAAUCACAAGGCAAAUGUGUGUCAUGUGUCCGAUGCAGCCCUUUUCAUGUGAGAAUGUCAGGACAGUGGUUGAAGUGUGUACUGCAAAGAUCUUUAUGAAUAAAGUAAGCUUGUCUAAAUGCA